GGGUGGCUGUACCUGAUCCGAUCCAACCGCCUCGGGCUGCAGACCUCGCGCAAGAGGUACUUCGUGCUCGAGGACGCCGCGCUCCAAUGCUUCAAAGCCGCCCCGGCGCCUUCCUCCGACUCCGACAGCUCCAAGCGCGAGGGCGAGCGUAUGGCGCCUCUCCCGCUCGGCGGAAUUCUUGUUUAUUCCCGUGCUGAUACGCUGUUUGGGAGAAUGUUGAACUGGAAUCGCCGUCGACGGGAGGUCAUUCUGGGGUUUGAAGGGAGUUCAUUUUCUAUUCUUAUUUAAUGGCCGGUUGGUUGAGAUAAAUGCAUGCCAAUUACUACUCCAGCUUUUCCAGAGUAUCCGCAGGGUCGCAUGAUUACUUUUGCGCGUGCGUGUGAGCAGUACUGUUGUUCCUCAGAAUUCCUGAUCUUUACUUCUGUGCAUGACAGUACGUAUGUACUGCUAGCUUGGAUUAGCAUGAUACAUAGAAUGUGAUAUUCUUUCUUAGUAUAGCGUCUUGCGUCAGUUUUACUUCAACAAUGUUUUGCUGAGACAGGAAGGAUUAUGCAGCUGUACGCGAUGGAUUAGGACCAAAUCAUAUUGUCAGUUUCGCACUAUGCAAGAAAUACAGGAUCCUGUUAGAAGUGCAAUGAUUGACUCUUGUACACGCGUCACAGACAAUGGGAGAGAAAGUGUACAUAGAAGUGUUUUUUAUAUAUUCACACUUUACAAUGCUUCUAACCAUUAUGAUCAACUUAAGUUGGGUGCUAGAAGCUCAGAAGAAGCAGCAAGGUGGAUCAGGUGCUUAAUGGAGUCUGCCUUAAAGUCUCCAAGAAAAGAUGAGCAUAUUGUUGCUUGUUCACAUAGAAGAUGGCAGGCUUUCAGGUUAAGCCGCCGUGCUAGCUGCAUGCACUCAAUUGAUUGGACAAGAUUGUCGUCUGCUCACAACGAUCCAAUGACAUCUGAUGUUAUUGCACCUUCUCCAUGGACAAUAUUUGGCUGUACAAAUGGAUUACGUUUGUUUACUGAGGCAAAGGAUGGUGACUCACAUGAGAAGUAUUGGCAUGAUCAUCCGGCUAUAAUGGCAGUUGGUGUUGUUGAUGCAAAUUCUGAGGAUAUAUUCCAGACUUUAAUGUCGCUUGGUCAAUCAAGAUCCGAAAUCUUCCUGGACGAAUAUGACAGGGUAUGUCAUGUCAGCAUUGUUUCUUUUUCCACAAAAUCAACCAGUGAGAUUUUUUGUAGGUGGGACUUCUGUUUGCGGGAAGGUAGGGUUAUUGAGCAUCUAGAUGGCCAUUCAGAUAUAAUCCACAAGAAAUUAAGAGGCGACUGGCUACCAUGGGGAAUGAGAAAGAGAGAUCUAUUACUUCGACGGUAUUGGAGGAGAGAAGAUGAUGGAACUUAUGUUAUUUUGUACCACUCUGUUUUCCACAACAAAUGCCGUCCGGAGCAAGGUUACAUCCGUGCAUGUCUUAAAAGUGGAGGAUAUGUAAUAUCGCCAGUCAGUCAAGGAAGACAAUCAGUUGUGAAGCAUAUGCUUGCUAUAGACUGGAAAUUCUGGAAGUCAUAUCUCUUUACCUCAUCCGCAAAAUACAUCACCAUACGUAUGCUAGGAAGAGUAGCAGCCCUAAGAGAAUUCUUCCGAGCAAAAAAUGGAAACUGUGCUUGUCUGGAGUUCUCUUCAGGUGAGCUGAUGAGAGAUAUGGGACUGCCGCAGGGUGAAAAUGAGCAGAUAAAAAUAGAAAUGCAUUCAGCAAAUGAGAGCAGAAGGCUUGAGGGUUCCACAGAAGGAUCACAGGGUGGUUCUAACAGGCACUUAAGCAGUGCUGGUUCCUUCGUUCAACUGAACGAUGCAACAGAUGAGUUCUUUGAUGUCCCAGAUGAAUCAGAAUAUGAUCAGAGAGAAGCCAUGUGGUCUUCUGAUGAGAGCACACAUGCUGUGGACCAACGGCAUGCUAAAUUGUCCAGCGCUGCAGUCUUCGUAAGAAGGUUACAUGAUCUUGCAGUCCAAAAGAGAGGCUACAUUGAUUUACAGGGAGCUACAGAUGCUGAUAAUGGGCCGUGUUGCUAUGGACAUACUCUCCCGAAAGAUUCUAGCUGCACAAUGCCUUCUAGUUGGGCAAUGACAGAUCCUACGACAUUCUUAAUACGGGGAGAAUCCUAUUUGCUUGAUCGCCAAAAGAUCAAAGCAAACAAUACACUGAUGCAAAUGGUAGGUGCUGACUGGAUAAAAUCUGAUAAGCGUGAGGAUGAUCUUGCUGGUCGUCCUGGGGGAUUAGUCCAGAAAUAUGCAGCGGAAGGGGGCAACAAAUUUUUCUUUAUUGUAAAUAUACAGGUUCCAGGCUCUACCACGUACAGCCUAGCUUUGUACUAUGCGAUGGAUACCCCAUUGGAAAAGGUUCCUCUACUUGAAAGAUUUGUAAAUGGAGAUGAUACAUUCAGAAAUUCUAGGUUCAAACUCAUCCCUUAUAUCUCUAAGGGAUCUUGGAUCGUGAAGCAGAGUGUGGGCAAGAAAGCUUGUUUGGUUGGCCAAGCACUAGAAAUCAAUUAUUUCCGCGGAACCAACUAUUUGGAGCUUGGAGUUGAUAUAGGCUCAUCAACAGUGGCAAGAGGUGUAGUGAGCCUCGUGCUCGGGUACUUGAGCAACCUGGUGAUUGAGAUGGCCUUCUUGGUACAGGGCAAUACGCAAGAAGAGCUUCCGGAAUUCCUCCUAGGCACCUGCCGACUGAAUUAUCUCGACGCCUCCAAAGCUGUAUCGCUAGACGAAUGCUGAUCCUCUAAAGAGACGUCAGCUAGACUCCAAUUCUUUACGCCAGCACAACAAAGGCUCAAUUCAUUCCUUCUGCCGGCCACACACUGCUUGGCCUGCCUUGCCGCCCACAAAAGUUGUGGGGGAUUUGUCCCAGCGAUGCACAUUCAUUGAUUCUUCUCUAGUCGAGGGGAGGUAACAUUGGGCUGUAAAGAUGAUUGCGGUCGACUAAGAUAAAAGGCCUCUCCAUUCUUUAACCGACAACUCAUCAUCUUGUAAGGAUUGAGGAAAAAGAAAAGUGUAUUCUAACCCUGACCCCGUGUCGUUCAUUCAUUCUGAAUCUAAUCUGAGAUUAGACAUCA